CAACAGUGUGUUUAUUUGCUUAAGGGAAGCAGUACAUCGCGUGUGUGACAGGUUCCUCCGCUGAUCUUACAAGCGCAGAAAAGGAACAUCAUCCUGAUCUCGUUUACUGCGCUCUCUAGUGAUUUACAGGACCAUAUAGAGCAGCAGGGCACACCGUAAUGACAUCAGCAAAGGGUGUCGGCGUUCCUGUCAAGCUGCUUCACGAGGCAGAGGGGCAUGUAAUUACGGUCGAGCUCAAGUCUGGUGAGACCUACAGAGGGGAGCUGGCAGAAGCAGAGGACAGUUGGAAUGUGCAGCUAAAACAAGUGACUGCAACAGCAAAGGACGGGCGAGUAAGUCACCUGGAGCACAUAUUCGUCCGCGGCAGCAGAGUCCGAUUUGUCAUCAUUCCAGACAUGUUGAAGAACGCGCCAAUGUUCAAGCGGAUCGACCCCAAGAACAAGGCGAAGGCCGUGCCAAUGGGUGUUGGAGGCCGCGGGCGAGCAGUGGCUGCCAGGGCAAAAGCAAAGGCAGGAGGCCCCGGCCCCAAGUGAUGAGAUAUACAGCCAAGUCUCAUGGGGGUGGUUCACGUAGAGUGAAUCGAUAGUAAGAAACCCCGCAGCAUACAGGCUCUUCUAAUGCUGCAACAUGCACUUCCGCCCGUUUGGCAUGAAUUCCGCUAAUCUAUGCGUGCCCUGCCUAAUUUUUGUCGUGACCAACUCUACAAUACUUCAGGCAUGUGCAGAUACAGUUGAAUGAGCUUCAUAGACAAAUACUGUCUCUAGCAAGGCUGUCUGGCCCAUUGUUCACAGAUCAGGCUAAGUUAGCAUGAAGCUUAUGGCACCCUCUUCGUAUUCGCUGACUGUAGUUGGCUAGCGUGUCCUGCCUGUCAUGCAGCUUAAUUGUUAUGCAUGAAAAUGUUUAAAGCAGGUCCUUGUG